CUAAGCAGAAUUUUGUAUUCAAGAUACCUUAACCGCUGACAAAUAUUUGAUAUAUCAAGAACACGAUAAAUUUACUGUAAAACCUGUAAAAAUUCAUAAAAAUGUAUCAAUUAAAAUUGUAAGAUAGAUUUCGUUAUUCUGCCGAAAAUAAUUUCACUGUAUAUUAUCACGAAUUUUCCAUCGAUAUCAAACACCCCGCUAAUUAAUUUCCAGUCACAGACUCAUCAAUGUUUUCGAAUUACUUUUUCAUUCGUCUGCCCGUUUUUUGUAACGUCGACAAGGUUUAUUCCUACCGAUCUUACGCUCAGCGACAUCCGACGCGAGGUCAUGCUCCUUGAGAAUCGACCCUGUUGAUCUUUAAUCUUUCACGCAGCUCUAAUAAGUAGGACUUGGUAAUUCGCAGAAAAUGGAGGGUAAUGGAAAGAAUGCACUUUGUAGGGAGCAACGUCAGACAUGCAAUUGCCCCGCCUCCGCGACCGAUUUGGCGAUAUGAGCUUCUCGAAGGCAUGAAAUCAAAAGGUCAUUCGCGUCAUUACGCGUAACCCUUCGCGAACAAGAGCGCGUUCUUACAUGGCAUUCUAUCGGCAAUUUCCGAUCGGUGAUAUUACACGUUGUCUUUGCCCGGUAAUCCCGUCCGUCUUCUCUCCAUUAUCUCCCCGGCCAUGGGUCGCCAUCACGAGCAACCCUCGGACGCACCAGCUACCACCACGGUCGACGAUAUUCCGGUGCACCGUUAUCGCUCGUAUGCUCGUAACAUUCGCAAUUUGCUGUACCUCGGUGGUAUCCUGCAAGAACACACACGUCCCGUCGUUCAAUCGUACGUCACGGGCCUCUUGGUGAUCUUCAUAAGCCUCAGCCAAGUCAUCUUAAUAAUAAACUUCAUUCGGGACUACUCCGACAAUCUGCUGAUCCUGGCCAAGUGCCUGGGCCUGGCCAGUAGUUUCAUCUCGCCUUUCUUGAUGAUGUGCUGCUUCCUGGUGAAACGGGACAAGCUGCUCGAACUGCACAAGACGCUGGAUGAUCUCUUAGAGAAGGAGUUAGCGCGAGAUCGGAGGACCAAAGCAACCAUACUCGCCUCUGUGUACGCGUUUGCCAGGCCGUCUUACACAGUGGUCAUCAUGCUAGGUUCCACGGUCCUCGCAUAUCUGUUACCUUCGAUGAUCAACGCGAUCCGUUCGGCAAGCACCGCGAGACUGAAAAUGCCGUUUCCGGUGAAGUUCCCGUGGAAGAUGCCGAGCAGCGGUUCUCUCUUCUGUUUGCACUUCCUUUACCAGAUGACCGUCUGCUGGUGUAUGGUGUUCACUAUCGGUGCUGUCGACAGCCUCUUCGGCUUCUACGCGUUCCAAAUCUCUUCGAUACUGUACGCCAUGUCUGUACGGCUGACAACUCCGCGACCCGACGAAGUGUUCUCGGCGGUCCUGAAGACAUGCACGGAGACGCACCACCGGCUGCUGCAGUCUGUGCGUUUAUUGGAAGACAUCUACGGGAUUAUUUUGUUACGGAUGAUUGUUACUAAUGCCGUGAUGAUGUGCGCGCUGAUCUUCGAGGCGAGUCCGUUUACAGACAUGACGAUCAACCAGGGUUGCCUGUUAGUCUGUUACUUGACGUUAAAACUGUUGCAAACGUUCAUCUACGCCUGGUACGGCAGUCUCAUCACGAGCGCGAGCGAGCACUUCCGCGAAAGGAUCUACUUUAGCGAAUGGCCGGACUCCAGGCUCGAUCGUCACGUGAGAGCGGGUGUUGUCAUGACGAUGCUACAGAAGCCGAUGACUAUAACGGCGUUAAAAAUGUCUUCCGUAAAUGUCAACAUGUUUACCAACGUGAGUGUUGAGUCAGUACGCAGUCGACAGCUGAGUAAAUCUUAGCGGAGACUUAUCGCCCGAGCGAGUAGCUUCUGAUUUUUAUCGUGCGAUUAAAUCAAACGACCUUUUGUCUCGCGUUCUCGCAACAACCGCAGAAUCUACGAGAAUUUUUUGUGAAAAUAGGAUGGAAUGCAAAAAGUUUAAAUAAAAAAUUCCGAUGUAUCAACUUACUUAUGCCCAAUGAAAUUCCGCAAACUGCAACUGCAGCCGUAUAAAAAUCCUUUAUCGGCGAUGACCUUUUCGUCGCAAAAAUUUUCUUAGAUUUCUCCCGGUUCCUUUCACUCCCGUCUCUUACAGAGUUCGGUCAAUUCUCUGCAUCUUGUUUGCUUUUUGACUAUA